UUUUGAGGUACUACGAUCUGAAGAUCACAUUUUCCACAGCGCGUGGAGCCUCGGAUCUGCACUGGGACGAAGCGAAAGGACUCAGCGGUCUCUCUUAUCGUGUCGUGCGCUGUCGAAACGAGAAAAGGCCCAGAGGAUUAGGCUGGAUUUAAGAACACACUGUAUGAGGAGAUCACUCCAAACCCGACCGGCCUGGUGCGCUGUAGAUGGGAGCAUGCGUGAGUAACAGGUUUCUGUGGCGGGACCUCAAGCUCCUCCCCUCAUCUGGAGCCCCUGUGCUGUAUGAUACGAGGCCGCCUUCCUUCACACACUCUGACCUCAGUUCAACAGGUGUGAAGAUGAGGAAGUUUGCGUACUGUAAGGUGGUGCUGGCCACCUCUCUGGUGUGGGUGAUGCUAGACAUGUUCAUCCUCCUCUACUUCAGUGAAUGCAACAAAUGUGACGACAAAAAAGAUAGAGGAUUGCCGGGGAGAGAGACUGUGGUUCAAAGGCCUCAUGACGGCCCAGGGGAGAUGGGAAAGCCAGUGGUUAUCGCUAAAGACCAACAGGAGAGGAUGAAGGAAAUGUUUAAGAUAAACCAGUUUAACCUGAUGGCCAGUGAGAUGAUUGCACUCAACCGCUCUUUACCGGACGUGCGUCUCGAGGGGUGUAAAACAAAAGUGUAUCUAGACGAUCUCCCACGCACCAGUGUGGUGAUUGUGUUCCAUAAUGAAGCGUGGACCACUUUGCUCCGAACGGUCCACAGCGUCAUCGACAGGUCACCGAGACACCUGCUAGAGGAAAUCGUGCUGGUGGAUGACGCCAGUGAGAGAGACUUCCUGAAGAGGCAGUUGGAGCAAUAUGUGCAGAAGUUGGAGGUUCCUGUCAGGGUGAUACGGAUGGAGCAGCGUUCGGGCCUGAUUCGCGCUCGGUUGAAGGGGGCGUCCAUAUCCACAGGUCAGGUGAUUACCUUCCUGGAUGCCCACUGUGAAUGCACCACUGGCUGGCUAGAGCCUCUGCUCGCUCGCAUCAAACUUGACAAGAAAACUGUAGUGUGUCCCAUCAUUGAUGUGAUCAGCGAUGACACGUUUGAGUACAUGGCAGGCUCUGAUAUGACAUAUGGUGGGUUCAACUGGAAGCUGAACUUCCGCUGGUAUCCGGUACCACAGAGAGAGAUGGAUCGCAGGAAAGGAGACAGAACGCUGCCUGUCAGGACCCCCACUAUGGCAGGUGGUCUCUUCUCCAUAGACAGAGAUUAUUUCCAGGAGAUUGGCACAUAUGAUGCAGGCAUGGACAUCUGGGGGGGAGAGAACCUGGAGAUCUCCUUCAGGAUUUGGCAAUGCGGGGGGACGCUUGAGAUUGUCACAUGUUCUCACGUCGGUCACGUGUUCCGUAAGGCGACGCCGUACACGUUCCCCGGUGGAACUGGGCAGAUCAUCAACAAAAACAACCGACGGCUGGCAGAGGUCUGGAUGGAUGAGUUCAAGAACUUCUUCUACAUCAUUUCACCUGGUGUGACGAAAGUGGAUUAUGGAGAGAUCUCAUCCAGAACAUCCCUGAGACAGAGACUGCAGUGUAAGCCGUUCUCCUGGUACCUAGAAAAUGUCUACCCAGACUCCCAGAUACCACGCCACUACUACUCGCUGGGAGAGGUCUGUAUCUCUCUCUAUCUCUCUCUCACACACACAUGCGGAUACUCAUCUUUGUCUCUCCUUGCCACUGAUGGUGACAUUGUAAGGUAUAAGGUUUUCUCGUACACAGCCAAUAAAGAGAUCCGGACUGAUGACCUCUGUUUGGAUGUGUCCAAACUCAACGGUCCAGUUAUGAUGCUCAAGUGCCAUCACUUGAAAGGCAACCAGCUCUGGGAAUUUGACCCUGUGAAGCUGAGCCUGGUGCAUGUGAACAGUAAUCAGUGUUUGGAUAAGGCGUCCGAAGAUGACAGUCAGGUGCCCAGCGUCAGGGACUGCACCGGGAGCCGCUCGCAGCAGUGGCUGCUCCGCAACGUCACACUGCCCGAGAUGUUCUGAGCUCGCACACAGACAGACAGAUGGACAGACUCUCACACCAUCACUGAUGGAGAGAAUGUGAGAGAAAGGACUGCUUUCCUCUCAAUCCUGGCGGUCUGCCUUCAAAUGAUCUCAAAGAACAGAACCGCAUAUGUAUAUGAAUCUUCCCAUCACUCCACCUUGCAGAGGAAAAGAACGAAUGAUGGAGAGAAAGACUCAUGGAGAAAGAAACUUGAGUUUGAUGCCGUUAUCCUCCUCGUUCGAGGAGCUGCGGGCAUUUUGGUUAUGUUUACGAGAACGCCUCCCUUUUAGAGUAUCAGUGUGUGUGUGUGUGUGAGAGAGACAGGAAUGUGUGAGUCACAGUGUUUUCCACAGGAGUUUCACCCUUUUUCUUAAUUUAAGUAUUUUUCAAGCCUUGUAGAUAUGAAGGGUAUCUAGCACAUGAAGGAGAGGCUGAUGUGUGUCUGAGUGGAUGUGUGUGCAUGUGAGAUUUCAAGUGUCACAUAUCAGGAUGGAUCUCCUGUCUGUGGACAUUACAGUGGUUUGCUAUCCGUUUGAAGCAGGGGCUCCCUCUACUGGCCACCGACACACACUGACCUGUCUGUCAAUCUUCAUCUCAGCCAGUGGACUACCAAUAAUCAAUCAAUCCCCAUAUAGGUUUAUAAUUAAUGAAAAGGAUGACUGAUCGUCUAGGACGUUUUUCAUAUCAUCAGUGCUCAUGUAACUUUUUUAAACCAGUGGUUGAUACUUUUUUUGGUUUCUGCAUUUUUGAGUGCCACGUACAAGCAAGUCUGUCUCUUAAAGAUAUGAUGGUAAUUUCACCCUUAAUUGUUGCCUUCCUUUGGGUUCCAGCCGACAUGGUUUACCCAUAAGCACAUGGGUUGAUCGAGAAGAGAUGGAUCAUCUUCUGUCAUAUCAUCCAACAGUACAAGGGCUCGGUCUCACUGUGUACAUGCACGAGAAAGAACACUUUCGUCUGAUAUCCUUCUUUGUUUACGUUCACUUUAAAAUUAUUACUGACUUCUGUGUAGAACUUCUUUAAUUCAUCAACACAUUUGGCAUCUGAAGGUAAAAGUAGGCUGCUCGCCACAUUUCAGCAGAUGUCUUUAAACAGUUUGAUAGCCUAAAGAGAUUGUCCUGCAUUUCAGGUUCAUGCAUUUCAUUCUUCUGAUUUUAUUUUCAAGUGAUCUGAGAUUUCAUUUGAGCUGUGAUGGUUGAAGAUGAAAAUGAAAGUGACCUCCUCUGUUUUGAGAUUUGCCAUGUGGAAUCAGGAAUCUUGACCCUGUCCAAAUACAUAAAUGAUCUGUACUCUUUUGUGUCCUGGUCAUUAGUCCGGUUUUUAACUGGAUUUUCCAGUAGUCUUGAUAGAAACUAUGGCUGCGUUUACACUUGGCAUUAACAUGCGAUCACCGUGAUCCGAUCAAGCAGAUCGGAUCAUC